AUGCAUAUUCCCUUGUUGGGCAGACUUUCCCUCUUGGAGUGGCCCCUCGUGGUCGUCUCCUUGCUACUUUCGUGGCUCGAGUACAUCUCAACACUCAUUACACGCUUGCUUCCUUCCACGGUGAUCAAUAUCAUCACCUACUCCCUUCAGGUGGUCUACAGCUUCACAGCGUCCCCUAUUCGGUUUAUUUCUUCGGGCGGCGAGAUCCUGAAGGAGGAUGGUAUGCCAGACAUCAAAUACAGAUACUUGUCUGGCGGAGAGGGCGAUAUCGAUAAGGAGAAGUACGAUAGAAUGACCGUGCUCCUCAACGCCAAGGACAUCCUGGAGAUGUGCUCGGUGUUUGGGUACGAGGUGGAGCUGAGAAUGAUCAGAACUAAAGAUGACUAUUUGCUUACAGUCCAGAGAAUCCUGAGGCCCAACGCUGGUCCUAGAAACGGUAAGGUGGUCUACAUGCACCAUGGCCUCCUCAUGUGCUCCGAGAUCUGGGUGACCAUGCUUGAUAAAGACGCCAACUUGCCAUAUGUGCUUUACGAGCUUGGUUACGACGUCUGGUUGGGCAACAACCGUGGUAACAAGUACUCGCACAAGCACUUGAGCCAUAGACUCAACCUGGAGAAGUUCUGGGAUUUUGCCUUGGACGAGUUUGCCUUUUACGACAUCCCAGACACCAUCAACUAUAUUCUUGCUGCCACUAAGAAGGAGAGUUUGAUCUACGUGGGCUUUUCUCAGGGCACUGCUCAGGCUUUCGCUAGUGUUUCUGUGAACCCAGACUUGAACGAAAAGAUUGAGAGAAUUGUUGCCAUCUCGCCAGCCACUACCCCACAUGGUCUUUACUCUAGAUUCCUCGAUAUCUUGCUUAAGUCCAGCCCCGUCUUCGUGUACCUUCUCUUCUCCAGAAGAGUGCUCAUGCCAAGCGUCCAGUUGUGGAACAGAAUUAUGUAUCCACCCUUCUUUGACACCUCCAUUGACGUUGCAAACUACACCUUGUUCAACUGGAAAGCGCUCAAUAUCGACAAGGUGCAGAAACUCAGCUCGUACGCUCACUUGUACUCCACCACUUCUGUCAAGACAGUGGUGCAUUGGUUCCAGAUCAUUUCCGCCAAGAAGUUCCAGAUGUACCACGACGAGUCCAACUUUUCUUCUCUCAACCCAAUUGAAUACCCAUUGAAGAACAUCGAGGUUCCAAUCCACUUGAUCUACGGUGAUUCGGACCUGUUGGUGGACAUUGAAGUGAUGGAGAACCAGUUGCCCAAAAAAUAUACCACCUCUCACCCCGUUGCGGGCCACGAGCACUUGGAUAACUUGUGGGGAAGAGACGCUGCCAGAAUUGUUUUUCCGUUGGUUUUAAAGUCUCUUGGUGAAGAAGUUGCCAAUGGUAAGAAGUAG